AUGGCAUAUCCCGACGAAAAAGCCGUCAAAAAUGCCUUCAUUACUGAGGGAACCGAGCUACCAGUCGUGUUAAAGUCAGAAUUCUCAGAAAAUAACGCUCCAGUAUACACUCAGUCGAAGAGAACAUGGAGAUCUUAUUUCUGGUCGACGCUCGACGUCCCAAAGGAUGAAGCCCGCUUCCUUACCAAGCUUGACUUGACGCUCAUCUCGGCAUCAGCUCUUGGUGUUAUGUGCCGUUAUCUUGAUCAAGUCAAUAUCACCAAUGCUUUUAACAGUGGGAUGAAAGAAGACCUUUCACUCUACGGGAAAGAACUUAAUUAUGCAAACGCUAUUUGGAGUGCAGCUUAUGUGUUCGGCCAAGUUCCCUCAAAUCUGAUUCUUAUUCGAGUCAAUGUCCCUCUUUACAUUGCCUUCCUGGAGACUGCUUGGACCGUCUUCACGUUUGCGCAUGCCGGCAUUCAUAACACUACCCAGCUUUAUGUCUUCCGGUUCUUUGUUGGAUUAUUCGAAGCUGGUCAUUUCCCUGCAGUCAUGUACAUCGCUUCAAGUUACUACAAGCCCCAUGAGCUCGCUCGACGAAAUACCAUCAUCCAAGUUUUCACCUCAGUUGGACCGCUUUUCUCAGGUUUCCUGAUGGCAGCUGUAUAUGCCGGACUCAACGGAGUCCACGGCCUAGCUGGAUGGCGAUGGAUGUACAUCGUCUGUGGCUGUAUCUCUUUCCCAUGCGCCCUCUGGACGGCACUUGCAAUGCCUCAACUUCCUGCUCGAGCAAAAGCCAAUUGGAUCUUCACUCAGAAGGAAGUCGAGCUGGCUCGUGCUAGGAUAGGCCCCACUGACUCAAGACCUCUUACGGGGUUGUUCAAGUGGAAGGAUAUCAAGCGCUGGCAUACGACGUGGCAUGUAUAUCUAUUCCCGCUGUACUUCACAUUUGCUGCUCAAUUCGGUCAAUCCGGAGGAUCCAUGAUCUUCUGGGUGAAAUCUUACAACAUCAAAGGCAAGACGCCCGUGUUCUCCGUCGCUGAUAUCAACAUCAUUCCUCUUGGAAUUAAUAUCAUAAUCAUAGUCUGCGCCCUAGCCAACUCAUGGAUCUCAGAUAGUUUACCUGGAGCCACGAGGUGGCCUGGAAUGUUAUUUGCCAGCAUUAUGUCUAUUAUUUUCCCCACAGCUCUAGCCGCUACGCCGGUCCAUCCGAAAUGGAAAGCGCAGAGAUGGGUUCUAUAUUAUCUCACCUCCCUCGGUGGAACAGCAGCUGGUAUCACGUGGACAUUCGUCAAUGAAUCAAGUAGACAAGAUCCAGAAAAACGAGCAUAUGUUUCGGCUAUGAUGAACGCGUUCGCAUACAUCUUCACAGCUUGGACCCCAAUCUUCACCUUUCCAGCUAAUCAACAACCUUACAUCGUGAUGGGUAACUACGUCACAGCCGGCUUUGGACUCGGUGCUGUCCUUACCGUCCUGGCGAUUAGAUGGUUCUAUCUCAGGGAUGUGGAACGCCAGCGGAGAUUUGAUGGUGUUGGUGGGGAGAGAAGUCUGGAGGGGAGUGAUUCUGCAUUAUAGAAUAUGAAGAAUCGUAGGAUAUGAGGAUAGAUAUGAGGACAGUGAAGAGUGAGGAGAAGAUGAAGG